AUGCACUCCACGGGGAGCAUCUCAGCACUUCUGUGCCUCCUCUUGGCGAGCAGCCCUCCUUCAGUUCUUUCCGCUCCUGUUUCCAAGAACCAUUCCCUCCUCCCGAGACAGUCGAACAGCCACUCCGAGGAAGGCACAAACUUGGGUCUAUCCCUUCUAGGAGAUCCUGGCAUCACUGUCGACGGCUCCUCAUCCUCCAGCUACAAUGAAAACGGUGACUCUGAUAUGUCAUCUGAUGCCACCGCAAGUCUCGACGCUACUAUCGGCAUCCCCGAUGGACCUAGCAUCAAUCUUGCCGACUUAUUUGUUUCUCAUUAUGAAGAGAGUACAUCUAAGCCUGAACCCCCUCCAACUCCCACUCCCACUUAUACCCCACCUGAAGAACCAAAACCGACUCAUCCCGUUGAAUCUCCCCCUUCGGUCCCUGUCCCUACUCCUGCACCUGCACCUGCACCUACUCCGGAGCCUGAACCCAAACCACAACCUGAACCCAAGCCCGAGCCCAUACCUGAACCUGCACCGGAACCUGAGCCCCCAAUCGAAGCAUGUCCUGCCCCUCAGCCAGUGCCACAGCCAGUGGCAGUGCCAGAACCAAAACAAGAACCAGAACAACAGCCGGAGCCCGAAACUAAAACCACUCCAGCGCCCGUUGAUAUAUGCCAGUGCCCUAGUUAA